GCAGCCCCGGGCUCCCCGGGCCGCACUCCGCCUGCUCAGCGCGGGGCUCGUGCUCAGCACCCCCGGUGUGCACGUUGCAGCCCGGUGCUUCUAGCAGCUGCUGAGUGAUGGAGCCGAAAUGACAGGCUUGUGGUUAACCGUGAAGGGCGAGUGAGAGCCUCUUGUCUUCUGAGCCUGAGAGAGGAGGUGUGUCGCGGGAGAAAGGACCCUGGGAAGAUUCUUGCAGCCGCUCCAAUCUUCGCUUCCUUCUUGACUUCUUGUCACUCUGGCAUUCCCGGCUCUUGACUUGGGAAGGAUGGUUACAGUUGUAACGAAGCUGGUGUUCUGCUUUCACUUCAGUCGCAAAUAUGGCCAGUACACUAUGAACCAGGAAAUCACCAAAGUUCCCGAAAAGCCUCCAUUUGACCGAUCAAGUUCUCAGGAUUCUCUGGAUGAACUAUCAAUGGAGGACUAUUGGACGGAACUAGAAAAUAUCAAGAAAUCUAGUGAGAACAGACAAGAUCAAGAGGUGGUGGUUGUCAAAGAGCCUGAUGAGGGAGAACUGGAAGAAGAGUGGCUUAAGGAGGCUGGUUUGUCCAAUCUCUUUGGAGAGUCUGCUGGAGAUCCCCAAGAAAGCAUGGUGUUUUUGUCAACACUGACCCGGACCCAGGCAGCUGCUGUUCAGAAACGGGUAGAGACGGUCUCCCAGACCUUGAGGAAAAAAAACAAACAGUACCAGAUUCCUGACGUCAGAGACAUAUUUGCUCAACAGAGAGAGUCAAAAGAAAAAGCUCCAGAUGGUACCAACUCACAGUCAGUCAGAACAGAUGAAAACAAACAUCAAGGAAAAGAUGACCAGGAUUGUAGCCUAGUUGUUGGUGAAAAAGAGCUCAUUCCACUGGUUUCUGAGGAGGUACCUGCCUCUGAAACAGACAUCAACCUGGAGGUAUCGUUUGCAGAGCAAGCCGUCAGUCAGAAGGACAGCUCCAAGGAGAAGGCCCAGAAGAGCAAAGACCGUGAUGCUUCGUUACCUAAUUUCAGAUUGCCAAAAGACAAAACAGGCACCACCAGGAUUGGUGACCUAGCACCCCAGGACAUGAAGAAAGUUUGCCAUUUAGCCCUCAUUGAGCUGACUGCCCUCUAUGAUGUAUUGGGUGUUGAACUGAAGCAACAAAAAGCUGUGAAAAUCAAAACAAAAGAUUCUGGCCUUUUUUGUAUUCCAUUGAUAGUGUUGUUAGAACAAGAUCAGAAGAAAGUACCGGGAACUCGAAUACCCUUGAUAUUUCAAAAACUGAUUUCUCGAAUUGAAGAGGGAGGUUUGGAAACCGAAGGCCUCUUAAGAAUACCUGGAGCUGCUGUUAGAAUCAAGAAUCUUUGCCAAGAACUGGAAGCAAAGUUUUAUGAAGGGACUUUUAAUUGGGAAAGUGUCAAACAGCAUGAUGCAGCCAGCCUGCUGAAGCUCUUCAUCCGGGAGCUGCCCCAGCCGCUGCUCAGUGUAGAAUAUCUCAAAGCCUUUCAAGCCGUCCAGAAUCUUCCAACCAGGACGCAACAACUACAGGCUUUGAACCUUCUUGUCAUCCUCCUGCCUGAUGCAAACAGAGACACACUUAAGGCCCUGCUUGAAUUUCUCCAAAGAGUAAUAGACAAUAGAGAGAAAAAUAAGAUGACAACCAUGAAUGUAGCAAUGGUCAUGGCCCCGAAUCUCUUCAUGUGUCACACGUUGGGUUUGAAGUCCAGCGAACAGCGAGAAUUUGUCAUGGCAGCUGGGACAGCUAAUAUCAUGCACUUAUUGAUUAAGUAUCAGCAACUUCUGUGGACAAUUCCCAAGUUUAUUGUCAACCAAGUGAGGAAGCAAAAUACUGAAAAUCAUAAAAAAGAUAAAAAAGCCAUGAAGAAAUUGCUGAAGAAAAGGGCUUUUGACAGAGAAAAAUACGAAAAGCAAGAUAAGAGUACAAGCGAUGCCGACGUUCCUCAGGGAGUGAUUCGAGUGCAAGCUCCCCAUCUUUCCAAAGUUUCCAUGGCAAUACAGCUCACUGAAGAACUAAAAGCCAGUGAUGUGCUUGCCAGGUUUCUCAGCCAAGAAAGUGGGAUUGCCCAGACUCUUAAGAAAGGGGAAGUUUUUUUGUAUGAAAUUGGAGGAAAUAUUGGAGAACGCUGCCUUGAUGAUGACACUUACAUGAAGGACUUGUAUCAGCUCAACCCCAAUGCCGAGUGGGUCAUAAAAUCAAAGGCGUCAUAGGAGACUGAAGCUGCAGAAAACCACAAGGACCUCCUGAGACUACUUGCUGGGGCAAGCGUGCAAAUAAAAGAAACGGCAGGACUCUUCUAUUGUUCAGAUGUACCCAACUAUUGAAUAGUGACACUUUGAAGCCUUAAAAAGUUAGAGAUUUGUGCUGCUGCCAGAAUUAUGUUCAUUAUUAAUAAUACGAUGAGCAGACAAACAUCUCUGGAGUCACAGGAAAAAGGGUUAAUUAGCUUGGCGGCCAUGAUGCUCUGUGAAAGGUGCCCGGAUGUGGCAGUUUUUUUUUUUUUUAAAUGUGAAAACAUACUCUCUUCCUUCUCUUUUUUCUCCUAAAAUCAUAUACAUGGUAAUACGUGCUUCCUCUCCUUUUUCUCCUCCUCAUGUCUGCCUUCCCCCAACUAGGUUUGCUUUUUAACCAAAAAGAUCACAAAUACCAGGUAUUUGGCAAGUCGUGAAGACAAUGCAUCUUAAAAUAGACUGAAUUCAACAGUAUUCAUGUCACCGUCGAAUGUAAAUAUUACUCCUUUUGCAUCAUUUGUUCAGACAAUAACAUCCCACUUCUUUCUGCUGUAUCACAUGAAGUGAUUUGCAUUGUUUUCGGCUCAUCUGACACAUGUGCGCAGAACCGUAUCUGCUAUCAAGCAAAUAAAACUGUCAGAAACUGCCAAUUAUUACUGAACUUUUAAAUACUUCUAGACUAAGAAUAAAUACAAUAUAUCUACGUGGAAUAACUGGAUUAUGGGUAACAAGAGAGUGAAAGCCAAAUCCCUUCACCUAUGCUAUAUCCUCCUAAGUGAAAUUUAUGAUAAAGUCUUAGCUGGCUUUACCUAUUGUCAUAUUAGUACAAAUAUGCAUGAUAGUAUAAUCCAGUAACGGCUAAGAAUAUAUUCUACUGAAAGAGGGAUUUUUUUUUAACUCCUAAAGAAGGCUGCAGGAAGCAUUAUUUUUUUUCUGGGUAUGACAUAGUCAUAUGAACAAGUUUUUGUUUGUGUACUUUAAAUAAUCAGAAAUUUAUUAAAAUGCUGUGGAAAGUACUAUUCCCAGGGAGUUUAAUGCAUAAACCAUAUUGUGACAAGAGCUGAGCCUCUGAACUGUAAAUAAGUGGAACGAAGUGAGAAAUGUUCAAUAUUUUAUGAGUUUAGAGUGUAGUAAAUAAAAGGUGAUGUAAAUGUUGCACACCCUGUGUUUUUGAUACUUUUAGUAGUGUUUUAGGGAAAAUUACACAUUCUCAGAAGCUCUUGAUGUCACUCCAGUUAAGAGGGAAAAUGCUAUUAAUGAGGACAGUCAUACAUUUUUAGCAUGUAAUUAUAAGAGCAGCCUGUGUGUAUGAUCACUUAAAUAACAUUGUGGUGAUUUGUGCCAUUGCUUUUUUUAUUUAAAAAAUUUUUGUAAUUAAAUGCGUUUUUCUAAAUUAUCUUCUCUUGGAAUUAUUACUUUUAAACCUCUGUGUUUAUGAACGUACUAUAAUUUUGUCGGUAUUUUUGUUUUUUGUUAAAAGCUACUUCUUUUAUUUUUCCUGUUACUCCUGUAUAAUGUUUAAAUUGGGAAGACGGGUGGAAGAUAUAAAACUGUUUCCCUCCUUCGUUUUUUCCUUAUGCAAACUUGUGUUCUUUAGGAUUUUUCAAAAACACAUUGUAGUCUGUUUUUGAUCUUGACAAUAUAUAUUAAUUACCCAAAA